CAGUACUUGUUGUGCUGGACGUCGAACAACUUGCGGAAUUUCUCCUGUAUACGAUCAUACCAACUCACACAAUAGGACGAUGGCCUGGAUGUGUAGCGGGAGGACGAACAAGGAACUCGUUCAGAGGAUGAUCGACUCCAAGCUGAUCAAGAGCGAACGGGUUGCCGCUGCUAUGAAGGCAACAGACCGGGCAUCGUAUGUGCGGUACAAGGAGGACGCCUACGUCGACUCGCCCCAGUCCAUCGGCUACGCAGCAACAAUCUCAGCUCCGCACAUGCACGCACACGCGGCGGAGAACCUCCUUCCCCUCCUCUUCCCCGGUGCGAAAGUGCUAGACGUGGGCUCCGGUUCUGGGUACACAGCGGCAAUCUUCCACCGGCUCGUGAGCAGCGAGGGGAAGAAAGGACUCGUAGUGGGCGUGGAGCAUAUCUCGGAGCUGACGGACUGGAGCGUGGAGAACCUGAAGAGGGACGGGCUGGCGAAGGCGGUUGAGGAUGGGGAGAUUGUCAUGUUUGCAGGUGACGGGCGCAAAGGUGACCCGGAACGAGGUCCGUUCAACGCGAUCCACGUCGGUGCCGCCUCGCCCGAGCUGCCCCAAGUGCUCGUCGACCAACUUGCCAAGCCAGGGCGGAUGUUCAUCCCUGUCGGUACGAACGAGCAGGCCAUCAUCCAGGUUGACAAAGACGAGCAGGGGGCGGUGACGAUGAAGGAGCUGUUUGGGGUUAUGUAUGUGCCGUUGACGGAUAAGACGAAGCAGUGGCGUUGAUACCAUCUAUGAGGAACCAGCUGUGUAAUAAUAAAAAAGAGUUAGUCCUGUUUGAAUGAAUGUUACUAU